UUGUAGUUUUCAGCGAAAUGCUGCUCUUGCCGUCGGAUCUGUUGUCGCUGCUGCUUCUGUCCCUUGCCGCCUUCCUAUCCAAAUCGCAUGGCUAUGACAGGAGCAUUAACUACUGGGAGGCCUUUGCUCCGGGUAAACUGCUCCAGCGCCUGGACGCCAUCACCGAUGUGGAUGGCGCCAGAGCGGUCCACUUGCCAGAAAUGAAGCAGUUGGUAGAGAACCAGCCGCAGGCUCAGGCUCAAGAGAAGCUGGACGAAGAUGUGGAUACGGAUGCAGAGCUGGAUGUGGAUGUGGACGCGGAAGCGGAGGCGGAUGAAGUGGAUAGCCACAGUGCAGAGGGCUUCUCUGGCGAGGAUUACGAGCACAACUACGAGAACUUCGUCAAGGCGUACUUCGAUAGGGCGGCGGAGGACGAGGACGACGAUCUGGGCGAGGAGACCCGGCCGGUGGCCGCCAACGUGAGGAAGGACGAAAAGUGCCGGAAGACCAAGCGGAAAGACGGGCAGGUGUGCGAAAUAUGCAGGCAGCCCAAGAACAAUGAAGUAUCCGAGACCUGCAGCUACUCCCACGACGAUCAGCCGGAGAAAUACAGCUACGGCAGUGGCACCCAGUACAAGAAGUACAGACAAGACCCGGAAACGAAGGCAGACGAUGCGGACGAGCGGAAGGCGUCAACGGAGGAGCAGGUGUCCCCCAGCAGCCUGUGCGUGCGCCGGCAGCAGGGCAAGAGUGUCUGCUACGAGUGCCAGGACAGCAAGGGCCAGAAAAUCAAACGCUGCUACAAAGGAAAGGCAAACGCAAAGUCCAAGAAGCUCAAGAAGAAGGCUGUGUCCUCCUCCUCCUUGUCUCAUAAGCCCCGGAAACCCCGAUCCCAGCAGUCCCAGCAAUCGGAGCAGGAACAACGCAUCUACAAGCGCACCAUUAGCUACAGCUACGCCCAGGAGAUGGACGGAACUCCCGUCAAUCGGACUCUAGCCAAGGCUCCUCCUCUAAUACGCCGCCGGCGGCUGGUCAAGAUCAGACGACGUCGUGGCCCAGUUCCGGUUCAAUAAUGUUUUUGUUUUAUUGUUAUAUUAUUACAUUUUUUUUUGUUAAAUUGCUAGCCCCCGUCUAAUAACUCAUCGCAAUCCCCACUCAGUAGCUUAGAUUAAUUAUUUUUAAUUUUUUUGUUGCAAUAAAAACAAGAGUUUAUAUGAACAAAUUUUAAAUACUUGUGGUGUAACUAGCUAGAAAUUAAAAUAAAAUAAAAAAACCAAAAAAUCAGACGAAAUAUUAAGAAAUCGAACUACUUUUGGAAGAAACAAUAAAAAAUUAAUGACAAUGUGAUUAAAAUAGAUACAAAAAUAAAUUGGUGAAUAAAAAAAUAUUCCAUUUAGUUAAGAUGGCAACAAAAUAUAAUCACUAAACUAUUUAUAUUUUACAAUUUUGUAAAUCGGGUUCUGGACAAAAAUCAGCAAGUACAAAUUUCAAAAUUUUGAAAAACCUUUUGAAAAUAAUAAAGAUUUAAAAUACAAAUCGGGUUUAAUGGAACAACUUCAAAUAGAAAACAAUUAUUAAGCUGUAUAUCAAAGAAUCCCCCAAAUCCCCAAUAGUUUUUUUUUUUUAAUAAAUAAAACUCGUAUUUCAAUUAAACAACAAAACUUUCACAAAAGUCGUUUAUUAGCGCGCCUCGUUCUCUGGCGAUUUCAGCAAUUUCUCAAUCGUUUCUUCCACAUUUUUCUAAUUUUUGAUUCACAAACAAGUAUUUCGAUACAUUUGCAUAGAACUGGAAGCUUUAAGUGGCAAUUGAAUACAUAAUCCGGGACAUUUACUUAAUAAUAGUACUAUUCAGCUGCCGGAAAAAGUCAGUUCUGAUUUCGUCGUUUAGAAAAGGACAGAUGCACAGCAUUCAAAAAAGAGGGGGACAGAAAAUAGCUUAUAAAUGCAGCUUAAGGAAUACAAUUUUUAAAAAUUUAUUAUUUUCGUGCAGUUAAGAUCACAACGCUUUUAAUAUGAAACCAUAUAUUUAAAAAAAAAACACUGAAACAGAUAGCCUGAAACCGACUCUCGAGCCUUUUCUUUCCCCAUGCUUUUUAGUUUAAAUUUUUAACUAUUUCAAAUUAAAUUUUAAUUAAAUUUCACUCAGCAAUAGCCACUUAAAAUUUAAUUAAAACUUUGAAAGCUGUAUGCUUGUUGGUGCAUUUUGUGCGAGUGGCAAAAUAAUGAUAUUUUCGAAUAUUUA